AUGUCAGGCAACGGCAACGGUAGUAGCAAGUGGCCUGACUUCCGCCUCGCGUCGACCCUAUGGUCUCUAAUGCCCGGCUCCCAGUCCAACAGGCCAGAUAAGCAAAACGACGAAGACCGCGACGGCAACCAAGGCCACAAGAACGAGCAGCAGCUCAAGAACGAACCCCAAGAAGAGCUUCCAGAAGAGCUAAUGCAGUCACUCGAGUUGACCCAAGACGAAGUUGGCACCGAGAGCCGGCCAAUUGACGAGAUGAGCGGUUUCGACAACUACGAUGGCGAUGCUCAGGAUGGUCCAGAAGACGACGUUCAGGACCAAGACUUUGGCACGCUCGAAAUGUUCGACAGCAACGCAACACAAGCCCCCUACACCUCGCAACUCGACAACGCGUCCCAGGAAGACCAGGCAUCUGAGGCGCCCAUGUCGGAAGACAUACCGUCCUCUCAAUCCCGAAAGCACAAGCGCGACAAGAAGGGGCGCAAACAGAAGGGCAUAAAUGAGAGUGAAUCUCCACAACUGCCAGCUGCCGAAGAAUCCUCGCGCAAGUCCAAAAAGUCCAAGAAAAAGUCAAUUGUACCGGUCGAAAUCCCCGAUAGCAUGGUCGAAAACAACACAGCAACCAUAUUCCCAUCUCAACCUCUGGACAACUUGGCUGCUGACCUUGAUGAUGAGAUGGCUGCUCCUGCUACUCAACCCAAGCGCAAGCGCAACCUCUCGGAUUCUAUUGACGGCAAGCAACGCAAGAAGCGAAGAUCCCGUGACGAGGCAGCCGACAUCGAAUCACAGCUGGCAGAACCAGGAACACAGGAUGGCCAAAUUGAGGAAGCAGACACCAAAGAAUCUCAAGCUGCCUCUUUCCUCCGCACCAGAGACGCAGCUCGCCCAGCUGCCAUUUACGAUGACGUCGCAGAGGAUGCACCCCAAUCUCCCAGUGCUGCACGCCUCGAGGUGCGUGAUGAUGCUCGAUCAAGAGAAGGUAGUACCGCUCAUGACGAGAUGGACAUUGAUGCAUCAGCGAAGCAGACCCAGGAUCAGGAGAAUGAGGUGUCUGGCUUUUCUGCAAUCAAUGGGCAAGAGAACACAGAACACCAGGAGCUUGAGCAAGUGGCCAGGGACGUGUGGAAUGCGCACAUCAACGGCCAAACCCAACCCAACACACAAGACUCAUCUGUGCACCCUGAGGAGAUGGAAGUUCCAACAUCUGCACAGCGUCCCCAUACAAGCAAUGAUGUGUACGAUGUUCCCGGAAGCCCAGUUCAGGCCUCAAACCCCCCUAGUGCCAGCGCCAAGCGAACACGAUCGGGCAAGGCUAAGAAGGCAAAGCCUACGUUCUUUGAGAAAUCGCCUUCCCCCGAGGUUCCCGAGGGUGACCUCCCAUCACCUUCUGCCAUGACACCGAUGCCACGAAAGCGCACCAAGAAGGCUUCAAAUCGUAGAAAGUCCGAAGCCAACCGUGCACUCUCGUCUCAAGACAUGGAGGUUAGAGAUGACGACGACCUUUAUGGCAAUCCAGCAACCGGACGACGAAACCGAAUGGCUGGCUUCACCCAGGGACGAUUCACCGAUGAGGAACUUGGUCGUAUCGCACAGGCAGUCGAGGGUUACCGUGUCGAGCGCAACAUGGAGCAACAUGAACUGAAUGCUAUGAUCCAUGCUCCUGGAGGUACAACCGCUGGUGAUGAGCAUGCCGCCCUUUGGGCACGCAUCUUUGCAACAUGCCCAGACCGACACAGACAGAAAAUCAUCAAUAUCACCCGAAAGAAGUUCCACAACUUCGUUGCUCGUGGUACUUGGACGAGUGAGCAAGAUGCCGAGCUCCGUGACCUGAUUGAGGCCAACGGAACAAAGUGGUCCAAAAUUGCUGGUAUCAUCAACCGUCACCCAGAAGAUCUUCGGGAUCGUUAUCGAAACUACAUCAUCUGCGGAGACUCCCAGCGGAAAGACACCUGGGACGAAGAGGAAGAGGGUAAUCUGACGCAGUAUGUAAUGGAGGCCAUGGCCGCCAUUGACGAGUUACGAAUCAUCCAACCCACCCGCGAACUGCUCAAGAAGCCGUACGAGGAACUCAUCGAUUGGCAAAACAUCAGUGAGCGUAUGGGGAGAACUCGCAGUCGACUUCAGUGUAUCACCAAAUGGAGAGCCAUGAACAUCAAGACUCACGGCAAGGAUAAGUUGGUGUCACAUGCGCCCGAUGCAUCUAUUUCUUUCCGCCUUGAGAAGGCCCGUCGUCAAAUUGCCGCGAUGCCGGAGGAAGAACGAUAUCGUAUGAUCAUGGCCAUCUCAGGCUCAUCCGCAUCGAUUGAGGCCAAGAUUCCUUGGCAGAGACUGGUUGACAAGCAGUUCCGCAACAGCUGGCAUCGACCAACGCAGAUGCUUCUUUGGCGACGCCUGAAGCAAAGUGUACCGGAGUCAGAACAGAAGACUGUACGAGACUCUGCACAAUACCUGCUUAAUUUGUACGCCCAGACUGGCGAGCUUCCUAAUGUCGACGAUGCUCUUUUCGACGAUGCGGAGGAAAUGGAGUUUGUGAAUAGUAUCCCAACCACCCACGUUUCUCACAACAACGCUUCUGCCAAUGGUCAGAACCACAUGAGCGCCGAAUUUGUUAACGAGGCCGAUGAGGAGGAAACCGAACAACCGCAGGGUGAAUACGUCGUUCCUGAUGAGAACAUCAACCCUGAUCUGCCUAUCGCACCAAUGGAAGACUUUGACACAGCCCCGAUGGCAUCAAUGGAUCCCGUUGCUGCGGUUGCAAACCUGGCUCCCAUGGAGGAUACUGAAAUGGUUGACCCAGCUCUUUCUGCAGAUCAUGCAGAGCCUGAACAGCCUGAACAGCCUGAACAGCCCGUCGGUGCACCAAUGAAAGAGGAGCCUGUGCCUGUCGCUAAGCCCGCCAGCACUCCUGUGUUUGAUGAGCCAGCUCCCCCCAAGGCAACCCGCGUUGCAAAGAGAACAGGUAUGGGCAAGGCGAAGGCACCUAAGCCCCCUCGCAAGUCAGCUGCCAGAUCUACUCCGGCUAGAGCCACACCCAGUCGUCGAUCUGCUAGACGUGCGGCCCCUUCUCAGGACCCAAUUGAGGAUGAUGUGGAGGUUCAGGCCGGGGCUCCCGCAGAGGACAACUCUGAGGUUGACGAGGCUCAGACGCGCAAGCGAAAGACGCCUAGCAGAUUCCGAUCCGCUGGCGUGCCUGAGGUAUCGGCUGCCGCCGACGAUUCAGACAGCGUUAUGGACGAUAUGGAAGAUUUGCCAGCGCGCGUUAUGUAA